CCGUGUUCUCUUUCUCCAUCUUACUGUUCGUCUAAUCAUUACCUAUCCUGUUCUGUCCUUUUGAUUUUGAUUUUCAGACUGAUUGAGGCUGUGCUGUUUGAUAUUUGCCAGCAAGUCAUACAUACUUCAUACACUUACUUGGCUUCCAAUUCUUACCUCAGCUAACAAAGUCCGGAUUGAGAGAGGGGAAGGAAGCAAACAAAAAAGGUCGCAAGUCGACAUUUUGAAAGUGCCCGCCGCUGACCUCACCUCGCCUCGCCUGCUUUAGCGCCACUGCAAAAAAGGACCUUACUUACUCCAUACGUGUCUCUCCCCUCUCUCACACACUACUCUCUCUCACGAAAAAAAAGCGUCUGUGCGCGUUUGUCCAACACGUGCCGGCGCGUCUGCUUUCUCUACUGUCAACCGAUACAGUGUAACAUCAGGUUGACUCGGAUUCGCGGUACCUUCUUGCAUCUCUUACCUGUCCAUCCAAAUUACAACUCUCUUUUCAAUCGAAAAAAAAGAGAAGAAAGACGGAGAGAGACAAGAGACAGAGACAAAAAAAGACGAAAAAAGACGACCGACAGACCCAACGCCUGACUUCCUUGAAAAGGGUUUUCCCGACAGCACAGGUGGCUGCAGCUAAAUACCCAUGGUGUCCUCAGUUAAUUUUGUUCGGGAGCUCCGCAACGCCAUGGCAAAUUGGGCCAAGGUGAGCGGCCCCAAUGGCCAUACCGGCCCUGCCGGCGCCGGCAUUGUCUCCAACGGUAACGGCAACCGCAACCGUUCCUAUCAUGGUGACGAAGAUGAUGAGAACACGCCGCUCAUCCUACGUUCUGGAUCUUCCCCGGCUACUCCGGCCUGGAGGCGUUUCCUAUGGGACUGUCAGCGUACACCUGGCGAUGACAGCUCCAACAUUGUUGUCAAGGCGUUGGCCAACACUUGGCACGUUACCAAGAUCUCGCUACUGAGCAGCCCUGUUAAUAUUUUAAUGGUAUUUGUGCCCGUUGGCAUCAUUGCGGGCGUAAUGAACUGGUCCCCGGCGUGGGUCUUUACGUUGAACUUCUUGGCCAUCAUUCCCCUGGCCGCCAUUCUCUCCUUUGCGACGGAGGAGAUCUCAGUCAAGCUCGGAGAGACUCUCGGAGGACUGAUCAACGCUACGUUUGGAAAUGCCGUUGAGCUUAUUGUCAGCGUGAUUGCCCUCAAACAAGGACAAAUUGAGGUUGUGCAGGCCUCGAUGCUGGGCUCGAUUCUCUCUAACCUCUUACUAGUUAUGGGAAUGUGCUUCCUUCUGGGCGGCUGGUUCAACAUGUACGAAGAGGGAACCGAUCGCGGAAUGGAGCAAAAAUUUGCAUCUGGAACCGCUCAGACGACCUGUUCGCUUUUGACUCUCGCAGCCGCUGCUAUGAUUAUUCCCGCCACGCUCUACGGUGUUCUCAGCGACCGCAAAGAUGACGGUGGCUCAAAUAAAGAAAGAGACGACUCGAUCCUACUCCUUUCUCGCGGAACAUCGAUCAUCCUCUUGAUUCUUUACUGCAUGUACCUCUGGUUUCAACUCCGGACGCACAAGAACCUUUUCAGCGUUGAUACGCACGAGUCCAGCGAGAACGGCGAUAUCGAGGCGACCGAGCCGAAUGUCAUCAAGGACGAGGACGAGGAGGAGGAGGAACAUAUGACUUGGUGGGCGGCAGGCAUUGUCCUCGUUGCUGUGACGGUUGUCAUCUCAUUCUCGGCUGACUACCUUGUCGAGUCCAUCGAGCCCAUCGUUGAGACGGGCGUCCUCUCGCGCUCCUUCAUCGGUCUUAUUUUGAUUCCUAUUGUGGGUAACGCCGCAGAGCACGUCACAGCCUGUGUCGUGGCGGUUCGCAACAAGAUGGAUCUCGCAAUGGGUGUCGCCAUCGGGUCCAGCAUUCAGAUCGCCCUGCUCGUCACUCCAGCUUUGGUCAUCACCGCCUGGGUGGCCCUGGACGACACACCUAUGAGCCUGCGCUUCGACACUUUCCAGACAGUUGCUUUUGCCCUCUCCGUUCUCGUUGUUACGUACACGGUGCAGGAUGGCAAGUCCAACUACCUUGAGGGAGCCAUGUUGCUCGGGCUUUACAUUAUCAUCGCUCUGGCCUUUUACGCAACCCCUAUCUGAGGGAUUAAAAAUGUCCUGUGAUUUUAAAUGCACGGCCAGCGAUGGUUGCGUUUCCACGGGACCUAUCUUGGUUGAGCUCAUGGCAGAGAGGGAGUUCGGACUUGAUAUUGAUUGGGCUUUGAAAAAAAAAAGAACUCUAAACAAUACCUGAACUCACAUACCUCGCUGGGAGCUAGUCCAACGACCUACAGCUGGAUAGCUUAUCGACUCCAAGCUGCGGAAUUUGCCCCGUGGAGCGUUUGUCCGACAUGUGCUACCGAUUCUUAAAAGAACGAUCUUGUUAAGAACAAGCAUAUCACUCGGAAGCUUAUUCCUAUUUUUCCUUUGUCAACAUCUCAUUCUUGGGUGGGAUCUACGAGGGAGAAGGUGUAAACAUUAAGGCUAACCUUCUUCCCUCUUGUUUCUCGACGUUGGGUUUAUACCUUUUCCAUUUUCGGUGUCCAGGCGUUGGCUUUCAUGCGGCUGGGUGGAUAUCCCAGUUAUGGAAAAAAAGAACAUGUCAGCGGAUUUUCUUUUUCCUCUUUUUCUCCUUGAGUCUCUUCACUGUACUAUUUUUUGAUUGCGCCAUCUGUACUAUAUCAAUACUGAGCCUGACUUUUCUAUGA